AGAUCAAGAUGAGCGGUGAUGCGGCAGAUUCCACAGAUACUCGGCACGAACCCGACCAGGUGGAGCCAGGAAAUGAACAGAAUGGGCUGGACUUUAACAGGCAGAUUAAAACCGAAGACCUCAGCGACUCUUUGCAGUCUACAAUCCCCCCUAGGUCAGGUCACCUUGUGCAGGGAUCAUCAAUGAUGCCUGGGAGCCAAAUUGCAGGGGAUAUGAGCUCUCUUCACACCCUGCAGCAGCUUGUACUGCUUCCUGGUCAUAUGCAGUCAGUUCCCCAGUUUCUUCUGUCUCAGUCUCAGGCCGGGCAACAAGCUUUGCAGCCAAACAUCCUCUCCUUCCCUCAGCAACAGGGCAGCCUUCUCCUCUCCCAGCCGGGACCCAGCCUGGCAUCACAGGCUGUGGGCCGUUCUGGACUCCCCGGGUCAUCGGUUGAACCCCACCUGGACGUACCCCAGCAUUUGCAAGUGGCAAAGCACCUCACUCCGACGGGAGCAUCUGAGGAACCCAGUGACCUGGAGGAGCUGGAAAAGUUUGCUAAGACUUUCAAACAAAGGCGAAUCAAAUUGGGGUUCACGCAGGGUGACGUGGGACUUGCCAUGGGGAAGCUCUAUGGCAAUGACUUCAGCCAGACCACCAUUUCCCGCUUCGAGGCUCUCAACCUGAGCUUUAAGAAUAUGUGCAAGCUCAAACCUCUGCUGGAGAAGUGGCUGAGUGAUGCAGAAUCUGCUCCUUUGGAUUCUUCCAUGAGCACUCCCAAUUCCUACCCCUCAGUGAAUGAGAUGUUUGGACGGAAAAGAAAGAAGCGAACCAGCAUUGAGACCAACAUUCGCUCCACUCUGGAGAAAAGAUUUCAAGAUAACCCCAAGCCCAGUUCAGAGGAGAUAUCCUUGAUAGCAGAGCAGCUCUCCAUGGAAAAGGAGGUGGUUCGGGUCUGGUUCUGCAACCGGCGCCAGAAGGAAAAACGGAUCAGCUGCCCAAUGCCAUCCCCCAUCAAAUCACCUAUCUACAAUUCCAGACUGGUUUCUACCUCAGGGUCCUUGGGGCCCCUCUCUGUCAAUCCAGUGCAUAGCACCAUGCCUGGGACUGUAACAUCAUCAUGUUCCCCAGGGAACUCCAGCAGGCCCUCGUCCCCUGGCAGUGCACUCCAUGCCACCAGCCCCGGCACAGCCCAGAGCAACUCCAAAGCUGCAAUGAACUCAUCCGGUUUCAACUCUUCAGGAUCUUGGUACCGAUGGAAUCAACCUACCUACCUCCACUGA